UAACAAUUUUCAGUUCGAGGUUAAAUGUUUCUAUGAAAAGACGUGCUUUUCGUCCGUGUGCAUAAUGAUUUUCCCACAACGUGUAGUAUCCUCAGUUCAAUGUGUAUACUGUAUAUAGAAAAAAAAGGAAAUAUUCAACGGCAAGUUUAUAUAUGCAGAGAAACAAAAUCGAAUAAACAAUCAUCAAAUGAACACAAAAGUGAGAAGAACUGGGAAGAAAAACAUACAAAAAAAGUAUCCAAAUUCUAAUACCGAAAAACGACUUGCACAGUGAGUUUUUUUUAACAACACACACGAUUUCAAAAAAAAGGACUAAAUCAUCAUCAUUUACAAUUUCUUAUCAUCAUUUCAUCGAGAAUGUUUUGUAAAAAAAUUUCGUUUUGAUACGAAUGCUUCGCAAUAAAUUUAAAAUCGAAGAAGAAAACGGAGAAAAAGAAGAUUAUUAGUAUUUUGCGACUAACAAUGCUGCCUGUGAUCGUGAAAAUGCAAAACGUAUGACUUUGAGUGGAGAAUCAUGUUAAAUAUGGAAAAACAAAACAUAGAACAGCCCAAUAUGUACGAUGGAAUUUCCAUUCACAAGCAUUCAAUAAAAUGUUAACAUGCUAAAGCUGUAACUCAAGUGAGCGAGAGAGAGAGAGAGAGAGAGAGAGAGAGAGAGAGUGAGAGUGAGUGAGAAAGAGAGAGAGUGAGAAAAAACAGUGAUGUGCAAGUGUAUUAUCGACAGUGCAAUAGAUAAAUAAAAAAAGAACCAAACAAAAGAGUGAUCACAAGUGAAUCGGCGAAUCAUCGAAAUAGAACAGGAGCAACAAGCACAAUAAUUGACCUCAUAUGCAUUCUUUUCUAGAAACAUGAAUUGAUUGCGUUAAACACAAGAGACAAAGCAUCGCACGAAUGCCUCCAUUCCAAUUGAGUCGGUUAUGAUUAGCCUAGAAGUGGUGCAAUCAUGUUGUACUUUUGAUAUAUUAUGCUUCUACAAAUUAAGGGUUUUUUAUUGACUGAAACAACUCGAACUGAACAUAACAUUCAUAUUAUUGCAACGGUUACGACUGUGCAUCAAACGAUCUCAUAAAGCAAUGCAAAGCGGUAAUGAUUACGCCGAAUUAUGUGAUUUAGGACCAUCAAGAUGGUCGUCAUCAUCAAGAAACUAUCAUCAACCACACAGUUCACUACACCAUUCAUCCACAUCGGCUAGCACCAGCCAUAUACGUUCAAAUAGUUUUGAAGCUGAAGACAUUAUUGAGCCCUAUGGCAAUUCAUCACGAAUCACAAAUAGCACGAGCUCAUUACGGGCCAGUGGACGAUACUAUUCACCACCUGGCACAUCCUAUACAAUCAUCGAACGUCCUCAUUCGCCGCAUUAUUAUCCACAACAAAAUCCACCAAAGGGAGGUUCACUCCCAAAUCGUGGAGCUUACUUGGGUUCCUCAUCACACAUUCCAAACGCCAAUGUGUCAAUGUUAGGCGGUGGCACUGGAAUCAGUUCAUCAUCGGUUAAUGUUUCUUCUUCAAGACAUGCCAAUAUCAACAAAAAACGGCCAAUAUCACCGGAACAAGUGCUUCGUUUGUUCGGCACGACGACAUCCUCAUCUUCGGCGCCUAGCAAUUAUAAUUAUAGCAAUGGCAUUGUUCGUGAACGAGGCAGACGAAGCCCAGCGAGUAGCCCACCAUCAACAACACAUCACGUGAAUCGAACACUGAGGGAGCGUGAACGUGAUAGAGAUCGAAGUGUAACAAAUAUUCAUGAAUUGUCAACGAGAACGGUGCAAAUGUCACGUGACCAACAGGAUACACAUGGCUUUGGAAUAUGUGUGAAAGGCGGUAAAGAUGCUGGCCAAGGUGUUUAUGUGUCCCGCAUCGAAGAAGGUUCAUUAGCUGAACGUGCUGGACUGAGACCGGGUGACUCAAUACUUGAAGUUAACGGUAAUCCCUUUACAUCGGUUAGCCACGACGAAGCAUUAAAGCGAUGUGUACAGAUAUUAAAAUCGUCAAGACAAAUAAGUAUGACGGUUCGUGCACCACCAAUGCUUAAUUCAACGGCACCAUUACAUGGAUUUGGGCCACCAUUACGUGAUCCAUAUAAUCAUCCGUCAAGGCAAACGUGCUCUUGGAUGGAUCGACACGGGCGUCCCACCUCACCACCAGUCGAAUAUGGUGGACGAAAACAUGAUCGACGCGAUCGCAUUCGAAAUGUUGAACUCCUCAUUGAACCCGGUCAAUCGCUUGGUUUAAUGAUACGUGGCGGUGUCGAAUAUGGUUUAGGAAUCUUUAUUACCGGUGUUGAUAAGGAUAGCGUUGCCGAUCGAGCUGGAUUAAUGAUUGGAGAUCAAAUCCUUGAAGUGAAUAACCAAUCAUUCUUGGAUGUAACACACGACGAAGCAGUUAGCCAAUUAAAAUAUCAUAAGCGUAUGUCAUUAGUUGUUAGAGAUGUUGGCAAAGUACCUCAUUCGUGUACUUCCGUUGAGCCUGAGCCUUGGGAUGCCUACAGUCCAACUGAGCCAAGGAACAGAAGAAAAUGUCCUAUAUCCGCUAUGGUAGAAGAAAAAGCACGAUCUUUAUUACCUAGACAUAAUUUUGCUAGUCUUUCAUAUUAUAUUAACGAAUAUGGUAGUAGAGGGAUGACCAUUGAUGCCUUUGUCUCGGUUUUAUUAGAAAUGUUAGAUACUCCAGAGAAACAUACACUGGUUACCGAAAUUAGAGAGUUAGUAUAUCCAGAAGAUCGUACACGUUACGAUGAACUUGUGUACAGUAGAGAUCCAUACUUGAGCGAUCGAGACAGACAUAGAGAUUACACGAGUAACGGAACACGUUCGAAUCGUGUUAGUGAAUCACAGCUAGCGAGAACGGAAUAUGGCCAUGACGCGGAUCAGGGGGGCUAUCUCGAAGGGAUUCGUUCUCAAUUUGGUGGUUUAACACAACGUGUCAAGUCGUGGUAUUUUGGACGCGACGUAAUAAAGUCCGAACUAGCAAACAAACUGUCUAGAAGUUUUGAUAUGAAAGAAGAAUCGGGAAAUCUACUUGGUGGCAAUUUACGCAGGCAUCAGUCAAUGCAGCGUUUGUCGGGUGAGCAUCCAAAUGGAUUAUCAAACGAUCCAAAUCACGAACACAAUCCACACGUCGUACCUGAUCAUAGAGGAAAUUUACAUAUUACCGUUAAAAAGACAAAACCAAUACUAGGAAUUGCUAUUGAAGGCGGUGCAAAUACGAAACAUCCAUUACCAAGAAUCAUCAACAUCCAUGAACAUGGAGCCGCAUACGAAACUGGUGGCUUAGAGGUCGGCCAAUUGAUUCUUGAAGUUGAUGGUAAUAAAGUCGAAGGAAUGCAUCAUCAGGAUGUUGCACGCCUUAUCGCCGAAUGCUUUGCCAAUCCGGAUAAGCCGGACAUUACAUUUUUAGUGGUUGAAGCGAAAAAAUCAAAUUUGGAACCUAAACCGACUGCACUAAUUUUUCUAGAGGCCUAACAUUUGCUUGCCCUGCCGGCCAGCCAUCCUGCGGAUAUUGAUCAACAACAGUGUGGUAUUGACUUGACAAAAACAUCAUCAACAGAAAAUAGCGGCUAAACCAAAUGUCACGUGUAACAUUUUCAGUGACAGUGGUGGUUGUGGUCACCAUAAUAUAGGUGAUUAACAUGUGAAUCAUCACCGAACAAAAAAAAAGAUAAAUACAACAACAAAAAAACUAGCUAAAAUAUUAAGACGGAACGAAUUUUUAUCAACCUAUGCGCUGUAUCGCUAGCUUAAUUGUAUUAAUAAAAAAAGCAUACACAAAAGCCUGAAACAUUACAAACAAAAACUCAUCUCAGUAAAUCAAUCUCCCAUUCAAACACGAAGAAAAUGAAAAAUAAAUAAAUAAUGAACUACUACCGUUACGUUUGAAGUUGCCUAUUCUGCACGCAAAUAGUUUUAAAUGGAUUUCGAGCAAUUUAGUCUGUUUAAUCAAGAAUUUGAUAAACGAAAUACGAAAAGUAAAUUUUUUUCACUUUUUUUUCCAAUUUUAAUUCGAAAAAAAAAUUUAAAUUCCAUGAACAAUGUACAUUCAUAUAAAUUGAAUUUUUGAAUGUAAAAAAAAAUCUACCAUUUUAUAAUUCCUUCAAUUGGGGGUUUCGCUUAAGCCAUUCAUUACGAAUUACUCCACAAACAAAACUUAACCAAAUAACAAAAAAAAAAUCACAAAAUAUCAAUGUGAAUAUCUAUGAAAUUUGCUAUCAAUUAGGAAAUGCGAAAUCAGAGCAAUCAAUUAAAACAAAAAGAUUUAAAAGAAAAUUUAUCGUUAUGUUGUUUUCUUAUUAGAAAAUUUAAAAUGAAACCAACAACAACAACAUGAAAUGGGAUUGCUAGACUUUGAAGCAUUAUAUUUAUAAUUUUUUUUGUAAUGUAGUUUCACAAGUAGAUAUUUGUUGCCAGUCAAUUUUUAUCACACAAAUACACAAACACAAUCACACGUUAUACUUGUGCUUUGCACUCACCUACAAAUGUUACAAAUCACAGUUCGAAUAUUUAUCGAACUGUUCAAAAUAUCGAUGAUAUAAAAAUUGAUUAUUUUUCUUCGUCAUUGCGAAGAUAUAUUUAGAGCAUUCGUUUUAUUUUUCUAAUUUAACAACUCUUCCAACAACAAAAUGUGUGAUGUUUUACGUUUGUUCAUUGAGUUUUCAUUUAAAACCGUAUGUGUACAGAAAACUGUUUAAAUGAAAGAAGAACAGUUGAUAGUUGCUAUGAUUAAGUGAUUUUAAUUUCAUUUUAAAUUUUCCAUAUUUGAAUUCAAUAGGCAUAAAGGUAGUUCAUGUAUGAAUAAUGAAUUCCCAACUUCGACACUCAUUGGUUUUUCUUUUCUUUUGCUUUACCUACGAAGAUUUUUCCUCUGAAUUCUGAGAUUCGUAUAUGAAUAUUUGAUAGAUUAUUACAUUUUGUAUGAAGAAUGAAGACCUUGCACUAUACGAAAAAAAGUCAAGCAUUAUUUUAAAAGUUAAAAAAAGUUUGAAAUGUUGUUAAUUCAUAAAAUGCAAAAUCAAAACAAAAUGGUUUGUUUUCCGUUGCAAUUGUUCAGAAAAUUUGAGAUUUUUGUUGCGAUAAUCUUAAAUUUUGUAGCAAUUUAGUAUAGUAUAGUAGUUGAUCGGUAGUAGAUGAAAUGAAUCCAAAUGGUAUCGUUUUUUGUUGUUUUUUUUUUUCUUAAAAAUGGAAUAAAUUGUAAAAAUUGUAAAUUCUCAUUAAAAAAAAAACCAGACUCAUACAAUUUAAUCACACAACUCGAUUUAUUAAAGUUUUUCUCGCAAAUUUAUUCACACAUACACACACACACACAAUAUAUAGAUGCGUUGCAUUUAAUGAACAAGAAAAUAUCGAUUUAUAUUUUUGUAAAUGAUAAAAAUCCAAAACACACAAGUGAUGAACAAACAAAAUAAAAUUCAUAACAAAUGAUGAAAACAUAGACAGUUCAAAAACAGGACCAUCGAAACAAAAUCAUUUUAGAGAUCAAUAAUCUCUUUUUUUACCGAUUUCAUUGGCAAAUUAAUCAUUGCACACACAGACACACAUAGACAGUAAUGUAAUAAAUGUCUCACAUCUUAAUCACAAUUCGACAACAACAGGAAAAAAAUGGCUAAGAUUUCACAUGUGCAUGAAGUCGGACUCUGAUAAUUCGCAUAACUAGAUUUAAUUAACUUCAUCUAAAAAAAUACAUUGAAUUAUUGAAAGCUCUUCGGUAGUCUCGAAUUCUACUUUUCGGAGUCCAAUUCACUAACAACACUAAUUCAAACAUUUCAUGUGGAUGGUUUUUUUUUCGCUUUGAAAUGAAAUACUAAAAUUAAGACUCCUUUUUAAAUUGCAAAGAAAGGCGUACACCCCACACCGUUCGAUUUGAUAUAGGCAAGAUGAAAUAAAUCGAACUUAAAUUUUAAAAAUCGUAUAAAUCAAUCACUUACAGAACACUUCAGAGCUUCGAUUUUAGGAAUGCAUUUUUCUGUCAUCGAAUAUAUAUUUCAAACACAAUCCAAACUCAUCAAUACACCAUAAUACCCCAUUUCAAAACUCAGGAAAAAAAAAACAAAAAAAAAAUGAAAAAGAAAUUAAAGAUUAAAAAAAGCAACAUAACGAUACAAAAUCUAUCCCAACUGAACGAAUAUGUAGAGAACAAGCUAGCGUACAUAGGCAAAUACAGCAUAUUGACCGUUUUGAGCGUACAUUUUGUUUUUAACAGCCAAAUUAAGCAAACAAAAAAAAAAACUAAAUGUGCAAAAACAACAACCAAACAAAUUUACUAGUAGCCGCGCGCGCGUUUGCGGAAACAAAACACAAACUCCAAACACAAUCCAUGAGAGAGAGUAUGAAAAGUGAUUAAAACACAUAUUCACACACACACAUACAUGUACACGAUAAAAGACGCGAACAAUAAAUGAAGUGAUUCAAUAACCAAUAACACCAUAAUAAGAAAAUAAUAUCGAAAUUUUAUUGAUCAUUCUGGACUUUAAAAGAUUUCACAUAAACAAACGAUUGAACAGAUUCGAAUGAAAGAAAUCGACGACUCACAUACGAAGAAAGAAACGAUAACAUAUUUGCACAAUGCGAAAACGUUCAAUUGUUUCAAUUCAAGUGAAAUGAUUUAAAGUCCAUUCUGGAUGAAUCGCUGCACAGUUCCACAGGAACAUUCAUCGAAUGGAACAUCUGGACGGCAUGGGCACCACAUGAAUAUUCAGUAUACAUUACAGAUACACACACACACUGUAUGUACACUGAUCAAAUUCAAACACUACACACAAAUACACUCUUACACGAUGAUAUUUAUGUACACAUUCAAUUUUAGUUUAAUUUCUUCUUUUUUUGUUAAUUUUUCGCUUCUUUUUUUUGGGGUGUGUAUUGUGCAGCUGAGAUUUAUUUACGCACAAUUCACAACCGAAAAAAAAUUUAGAAAAAUAUUAACAAAGCAAACUUUUCUAACUCACCAAAUAGUAUCAUUUGUGUACCAUUGUAUUGUUAAAUAUAAUUGUCAUUCAUUUGGCAUAGUUUUGUUAAAUGAAUUUAAGAAUCAGUUGUCAGACUCCAAAUAGUAUCUCAUUUCCUUUGAUUAAGAGCCAAAAAUUGAAAGUACACAAGUUUCUCAACAACAAACAAAAAGACACACACACACACACAAAAUUAAUAUGUAUGAUGCGUUCAGUGGAUCCUUGCAUUGUACAAAUAACAAAACAAGAGAUGUGAAAAACCAAAAAAAAAAAA